CCAGCCACGAGCAAACCAGCUGAUUGCCUGCCGCCUGCACAACCACAACAGAUACCGUCCACCUGCCGUGAUGGAAAUGGAGGACUUGGAAAAAAAGAGUUGGCAUUACCUGGGGGAAGGCAACGCCAACAUUGUUAUCGCCAUUCCUGAGGAUUUUAAAGUUCUUCGUUUUCGUAAGAGCAACAAUUUCACGGACCAGCAGCUGCUGCUAGAAUAUUUGUACACCAAGCACAUUAUAGAACCUAUGCUUCGUGGCUUUGUCCAGGUUCCUGUCGUUAUCUACAUGAAGGGUGAACAUAUUAUCAAGUUGCAGGAGGCCAUGAAAAAGUGUAGACCAGUGCAUCGUCAAAACAAAAGUAUUAGUUCCAAUUUUGUAAUGAUGUUUAAUGACUACACAAAACUACCACCUGAAAUUGUUUACAAGAAACAGAAUCCACUGCCAGUCUUCUGUGUUGAGCUGAAACCAAAACAGGGCUGGCUGCACCCAGAUGACAGAUACUUGCCUAAGUGUAAAUUCUGUGCCAAUCAGUAUCUCAAGGUAAUGGAAAACAGUGUCAGAUGUCAAAGCAGAUACUGCCCUUAUGAUCUGUUCUCAGGGAAUUACACACGAAUGAAGAAAGCAAUUCACAAUUUACUGUCAACUCCUCAGAACAAUUUAAGGAUAUUUAAGAAUGGAGUACUUGUAUAUGGUGAUGGAAGAAGCUCAAAUGAUUUGUCUUCUGUACUUCUUCAGUGGUUCUCUGCCUCAUUGGACAAGAGCACUAACAGGCUUGUCCAUAAAUUCUGUGAUAUCAUAAUCAGAGCACUCACUCAUGUAAAAAAGAAUUCUGCACCUGAAAUCAAAGAUGCAACUAUACUUCUGGACAGCCAGUAUCCAUUACAUCUGCCAAAAAGUCUUGUUGAGACAGCUGCCAAAAAUUUCAGUGAAAAUAAAUGUACAUUCGCUGAAGGACAGCUACCAAAACAUUGUGUACUUGAUCUUAUUGUUCGAGGGCAGCAACAACAGAUACGUGGGGCCAGCUGGAUCUAUCAUACCUACAAGAAAUAUGAAAGUUUUAAGGAUUAUGAGUACAUUCCAAUGGUGUUAAAAAAAUCAGUGAAUUCAGAUUUAUUGGAAAUUCAUCGUUAUUUACUAGCAGCAACAUUCAAAGACUGCUCAGUAAUGCUUACUUUUCAGCAAGCAACUGAGUCACCAUGCGGCAUGUACCUGGAGCAAAUUGUAACUGAUGAUGAAGGUAUGCUAUAUGCCUUUGAUGUCCAUGUUACUGAUCUCGAUCCAAAACCUUGGUCAUGUAUUGAGAAACAUCGGAAGAGAGAUCUCAGGAUAUUACAAGCUUGUAAAACUUAAAUAAUUAUGUACUUAUGUUUGUACCUGACUAAAAGUGUAUUUACCAAAGAUAAUUAUUGGAAAGGACAUCCACCCUUCACAGACAAGACUGAGUUUAUAAAGGAAUCUCGUUACCUUACUGUUACUGUUUACAAAAACAGCAACAUGUAUUAUUUUAUGGUACAAGACUUGAAAAUUUUUUAUAUAUUACUCUCACAAAAUGUUUAUUGUGAGAUGUUAUAAUUUAUUUUUAAAUAAUUUUGUGUUAGAAACAGCUCUCCUGACACUAGAUGUUCACAAAAGUAUUUAUUUAUUGCUAUUUAUAAAUGUACACAGCUGAAAACGCUAUAUAUAAAAUUGA